AUGGCUUCCUCCUCCUCCUACUUUCACUUAAACCUCACCACUCCACUUUUCCUUUCUCCAAAACUCAAGACCCUAAGCCCUACAAAAACCUCCACUUUCACUCCCAUACGCUGCGGUCCACGCUCCAAACGUGGACCUCUUGUCAGAGGCCGCAUCUUAAGCACUGAAGCAAUCCUAGCCAUCCAAUCCCUCAAACGCGCCGACAACAACAAAUCUGAGUCCAGUAAGAAACUCCCAAACCUCGCGCGCAUGAUUAGGUCAGACCUCCUCUCUAUCAUUCGCGAGCUCCUACGUCAAGACUUGUGCUCCCUCGCCCUUCAAGUCCUCUCAACCCUCCGAUCAGAAUACCCCGGCCAGAUUGACCUUAAUUUAUACGCUGACGUCAUCUUUGCGCUGUCCAGGAAUAAAUGUUUCGACGACAUUGACCGUUUGAUUGAUGAUUUGGAGGAAGGGGAGAGUUGGGUCAAGUGGGGAAGUGAUCGGGGGCUGUUGAGGGUAGUCAGAGGGUUGGUUGAGGCUAGGAGGAAGGAAUCAACGGUUAGAAUUUGUGGGAUGCUGCGGAGGAGUGGUUGUGGAGACACGUGGACGACUGAUGAGUAUGUGGUUAAGGUGUUGCGCAGAGGGUUAAAGGAAAUGGGUGAGAUAGAGAUGGCUAGUGAGGUUGAUAGGGAAUUUGGAAAUGCUUGUAGGGGUAAUUUGGAGAAAUUUGUUAUCUGA